GUCUGGGAGCAGGAGAAGAUGGCGGUCUCCACAGUUCUUACUGAAUCUAGGUUGUAGACAUGGAAGAGGUUGAGUGGAUGUUGUAAUUGUUACAUUUCAAGGAGUUAAAGUUCCUCGUAAUUUUCGCUUGUUGGAAGAACUUGAAGAAGGACAAAAAGGAGUAGGUGAUGGUACGGUUAGCUGGGGCCUUGAAGAUGAUGAAGACAUGACACUUACAAGGUGGACAGGCAUGAUUAUUGGGCCACCAAGGACGAACUAUGAAAACAGAAUAUAUAGCCUGAAAGUAGAAUGUGGAUCUAAAUACCCAGAAGCUCCUCCAUCAGUUAGAUUUGUAACAAAAAUUAAUAUGAAUGGAAUCAAUAAUUCCAGUGGAAUGGUGGAUGCACGGAGCAUACCAGUAUUAGCAAAAUGGCAAAAUUCCUAUAGCAUUAAAGUUGUACUUCAAGAACUAAGACGUCUUAUGAUGUCCAAAGAAAAUAUGAAGCUUCCACAGCCACCAGAAGGACAGACGUACAAUAACUAAUUUUAGGGGAUCUCAAACUUGUCUUAAUUCAACAACUCAUGUUAUUGUCUUGAUUAAAUAUCACCAUGCAAAAUACCCACACAUUAAGUAAAAGAGUUGCAGCUGGUAAACAUGACCUGGACAGUUGUAAGAAUAUAUUUAAUAUAUGUAUACCUAUUAUGUUUUCAGGUAACAAGAGAAGUUCAGCACAAUUUUUUUUUUUUUUUUUGUCCUCUUAAAGCACUGUCGUUUAAACAUGAACCUGAAGUACUCAAUGUGGAAUUCAGGUUUUCAAGACAGGAGCAUGUUAAAAAACUGUCAGAUGGCCAUGGAAACCUUUGUUUUUCUGAAAAGUAAAGUCUCAAGAUGGAAGAACAGAAAUGGCAUGUUUUAUCCAUCAUAUUUAGAGCUGCAGUUGGAAUUGUUUAAAGUAGCAGAUAGAAUGACUAGUCACCAAUUGUGUUAAUUCUUGAAGCAGUGUGGGUACUGACUACUACUAGUAUCUAAAAUAGGUUCAGGAUUGUUUUGAUACCUGUAUUUAUAAUAAAAAGAUGUUUGGGGUUUUGAAUUUCUGUUAAAAGCUGUUCCCGUUUGUUACAUGUAACAGACAUAAUUUGUUUACAGUCUUUGUUUAAUAAAACAUGCUUAGAAGUUUUAAGUGAAGUGAACAAAAAGGAAAUAGGUUUAUGGAUGUGUGAUUUUGAGAUGAAAAUUAGUCUUAAAAUGUAAAUAAAAUGUGGAAUGUGUCUUCAGA